CGACCGUCGCCCGCCCAGCCUGCACUCACCCCGAGUCGCGCCGCACACCUACGCCAGUAUUCGCGUCGCCGUCGCAGCUGUCACUUCACUGUGCCCAGCUGCUCCGUCUUCGGCUGGAAAAGUGCGCUCCGUCCUCGCUGUCAGUUGCGCGCCGAGCACGUCACCAACAUUCCGUCAUCCCGCGACCUCUUUCGCGCUGCGCGCUUCAUCUCACACACCUAUAUCUUGUUGUAAUCCUCUACCAAUAAUUCCAAAAUGGUUGCGAAACGGACUCUGCCCGAGCGACGGAACCCGCUCAUCGAGCCGGCGAAUUCUCCGUCGAACGAAAUUCUUGCGGAGCGACGCCGAUUGGGCCAGACGAAGAUCCAAGUGAAGCCGGGCGUCGUGGGGCUCACCAACGCGUCGAAAGCGGAGAACCUGGGGACGUUCGACUAUGCGCAUCUGCGGGUACCGCUGCCCAAGGACCUGAGCGGCUCGGGCGUAUUCACGCUCAAGAGCACGACGUCGUACCCCGAGUCGUAUUUUCUGAUGCGGCGCAGUAGCGAUGGAUACAUUAGCGCGACGGGAAUGUUCAAGGCAGCGUUCCCGUGGGCAUCGCUAGCAGAGGAGGAGGCCGAGCGCAAGUACCAGAAGAACUUCCCCUCCGCUGGCCCUGAGGAGGUUGCCGGAAGCGUUUGGGUUGCGCCGGAAGAGGCGCUCGCACUGUCCGAGCAGUAUGGCAUGCGACCUUGGAUUGAGGCUCUUUUGGACCCCGCGCCGAUAGAAAAGGCCUCCAAGGACAAGCACAACACACACAUACAGAUGCCCCCCAAGUUCGACAUGAAUAAAGUACCUUCGCCCGCCGUUGUCCUACCACCUUCCUCCGCUCUCCGCGCCUCAACUCGCGCUCGCUCCUCGCGCUCAGCCUCACCAAGCAAAAUCGCAACACCCAGUCGCAAAAUGGCAAGCCCGCGGAAGUCGCGCACUACAAGGGCCGCCAAAGCCGAAUCGCUCAGGGCGGAGGAGAUCUUCGAGACCCCGAAGGCGACGACUGCAUCAAGCGCAUUGCAGAACGUCCUUGAAAACGGCACCAACGCGUCGGAGUCUGUCGCAUCUGAAUCGGUAAAUGGCGAGAUGAAGGACUCCAAUACUGUGCGCAUCGAAGUGCAGGAGACCGUUGAGCAGAAUGGGGACGUUGAGACUACCACGACCAACGUCAAGGUUGACGUCCCCGCCGACCACCCAGAGCUCCCCGUGCCGGAGGACCCGACCAAGAUGAUCGAGGAGGCGAAGAAGAUGGUAGAAGAAGCAAACAAGUACGAGGGCGGGCCAGUAAAAGGCGUGAAGUCGAAGCGCAAGGCUGAAGAGCUGUCCAAGGAUGAAAACGAGGUUGCAGGGCCCUCGCGGGAACGUCCGGCGAAGCUGGCAAGAACGAUGUCAACGACGGAGCAAAAGCUGGCGAAAGAGAAAGUCACUCGGAGGGCACUUGUUGGUCUUACUGUGAUGGCGGCCAUUGGGUCCGCCAUCACAUACUUCGCGUCGGCUGUUUAACCUCAGGAAAACUUCACCUUACGGCUUUACCAGUUGAUGUUUUGCUUAUUUAGUCCUUUCCCCAGCCCUUCCCCUUGUUUCCUUACCCCAGAUACCACGGCCCCUAUGUCUGAUCUUGUCUCCAUCUACGGGCGCGGAGGUUGCGGUUUGGCUUGUGGUUUUCUGUUUCGGUGGGCGUUGAAAGAGCUCCUCCUGUUUUCCUCCUCCCUUGUGCGCACACGCUCGCUCGUACGCGAUACGGCUGUUCGUCU